AUGCAAACCCACAUUUCUCAAUAUACAAACAUUCAUAAAGAUAAAAUCGAUAUUAAAAUAAUUGAACACAUGGGAAAGUUCACAACCUUGAGUGGCAAAUUAAAAGACAGAGCCUCGCAAAUGAAACUCAACGUGGUUCAUUUGUGUAGUUCCGUGAAUACCAAAAACAUUGACGAAGCUAUCUUGAAAGCCACGACUCAUACCUCGAACAAACCACCUUCCGACAAAUACGUCAAAUUUCUCCAAUCAACCAUGGCUACAUGUUACUGUCCUCAGACCAUCAGUGGGAUUGUGCAGAGGCUGUGUGUGACGACGGACGUGUGCGUGGCUUCUAAAUGUCUCAUUCUUAUCCAUAAUAUGAUUAAAUCCGAAAAGGGUUAUGAAGGAGAAGAUGGUCAUCGUGGCACUAAUAGUCAUCGUAAUUUGAUUUAUAACCAAGGAGAGAGUAAUCUUAAGUUGGACGAUCUUAAUGUAGGUUCAUCUUGUUUUACUAUAGAGUUGGUUCCAUGGGUUCAAUGGUACAAAAAAUAUCUUAAUAUUUACUUAUGCAUUGCGGAGGUUUUAGGCGUUACUCCAAACAUAAAAGAAAAAUUUGAAGAAAAGCGUUUGGAGACUCAACGAGUCUCGUCUUACACAACCGAUUGCAUUUUCAAACAAGUCGAUUUCUUGGUGAAUCUAUUCGAACAGAUAAAUGCCAGGCCAGAAACCUCGAUGGAGAGACCGAACAUAAUUGUUAUUAGGAUGAUAGGACUAAUGGAACAAGAUUACGUAUCAGUGAUAAGAUUGAUCAAGAUAAGGUUCGAAGAAUUGGACAAGAGAACAGCUGAUCCGGCCGAGAUGAUUCCUGUUUUGGUGAGGCUUGAUAAGUGUAGGGAGUCUUUGAGCGAGUUUUGUUGGCGAUGCGAACCUUUGGAUAAGGAGUUUUGGGAUUUGGUGUUGAAAUUAAAAGCUAACUGA